AUGGCGUUCAGAAGCUACUGCCAUCCUCACCCUUCUUCCUCCGUGGCCACCACCGGCCCGAGACUCGGCGCAAGGAACCCGGCGGCAGCCUUGAGCUUCAGAACCUCUGCAGCCCAUGAACGCAACCAGCCAUCCUCGCACCUCUCCUUUGCUGCACCAACCAGCAACAAGGUGUUCGAGGACCAGGUGAGAGGGAUCGUGUGCUACAGGGACGACAAGGGGGAGCUCGUCUGCGAGGGCUACGAUGAGGGCCCGAGGCUCGGAAUGCGGCUGCCGGAGAAGGCCUGCUUCCCGUGGCCUGUGGGAGUCCAGGUCACCGAUUUCAUCCGUCUCGCGACGCUUCGGGUCUUCGAGGACGGCGCCGAGGACGGUCUUCUGCACAAGAACGAUCAGAAGUGGCAGCUCUGA